AUGUCCAGUAUACUGAAGCGUCCAGCCGAAGAGGUAGAAAUACCAUUCUCCAUCCUCGAUACUGAUUUAUACAAGUUGACAAUGCAAAAUGCUGUUUUACACCAUUUCUAUGAUUCUCAAGUAGUGAUCAAGUUCACCAAUCGUGCGCCUCACAUGUUAUUCAACAAGGAAUGUUUUGAUUGGGUAGUGAAACAUGUCAACAGACUAAGUGAACUCCAAUUACAACGUGAAGAAAGAAUUUCACUCCAAAAUGCAUAUCCAUGGUUCAACGAUAAAUAUCUUGAUUAUUUACAAAAUAUGAAGUUGGAUCCUAAGAAUCAAGUCAAGUUGACUUUUCAUCCUAAACCUCGUCUCGAUGACAAUUCUGGAGAUAACGAUAAUGAAGAAUAUGGUGAAAUCGAAUGUAUAAUCAAAGGUCCUUGGAGAGAUACUAUCUUAUAUGAAGUACCUAUUAUGUCAAUAUUGAGUGAAGGAUAUUUCAAAUUCGUAGAUACAGAUUGGGAUUAUAAUGGUCAAUUCGAACUCGCGAAACGAAAAGCAUCGGACCUUCUUUCACCCCCAAAACCAACGAACCCACUUGUAUUUUCAGAAUUCGGUACCAGACGUAGAAGAAGUUUCUUUACGCAGGAUACCAUCAUCAGAGGAUUGAUAGCCGGAUUCGACGAAUAUAAAUCGAAUGGUGGACAAGGUGGUCUGCUAGCUGGUACUAGCAAUGUGUACUUGGCAUUGAAGUAUGGAUUGAAACCUGCAGGUACAAUUGCUCAUGAAUGGAUCAUGGCUAUUGGAGCUACGUAUGGAUAUCAAGGAGCGAACGGAAGAGCUAUGGACAUGUGGGAGCAAGUGUAUCCACCUGGACCCGAUGGAGCUCCAUUGACGAUGUUAACAGAUACAUAUACGGCUCAAGCUUUCUUUGUAGAUUUCAUUUCAUCUCCAGAAAGAGCAUUACGCUGGUCAACGUUGAGACAAGAUUCAGGUGAUCCUUUCGCUUUUGUCCAAUCGGCCAAAGAAGCUUGGAAAGUUAUAGAAGACAAAUCUGGUAUAAAGAGGGAAGAUGGAGUAGUGGCUAAAGGUAGAAGAGUCAUUUUUAGCGAUGGAUUAGAUAUCCAAAAAGCUAUUGAAUUACAAAAAGGUUGUGAUGAAAUUGGGAUGUCGGCUUCGUUCGGUAUCGGAACUUUCCUCACUAACGAUUUCAAGAAAGCUUCCAACCCUACAGAGACUUCUAAACCACUCAAUAUAGUGAUCAAGCUCAAUCAGAUAGAUGGGAAGAACUGUGUAAAGCUCUCGGACGAUAAGGGGAAAUUCACUGGCGACGUGGAGGAAGUUAAGAGGGCUCAAGAGGAAUUACAUUUACCGCGUGAUCAUGAGGAGAAGAGGAGAGGAUGA